CCUGUCAAUCCAUGUUCCUGACUGGCCACACCCGUGUGCUUGCAUGUGGUCUGGUUGCCUUGGCAACCAUGGCAGGAGGAGGGGCAGGGAGUAGAGGCUGGUGAGGAGGUUAGAGAAGGUGCAUUAAAUCAGCAGGAUGGGGGUUCGGGGUCAGGGCCAGGAUCACAUUAAAGUCAGCUCUGCAUGUGAACGGUGAUCAUACUUCCUUUUACAUUAUUAAUCUAAAGCAUGUGAGUGAUAGCCAAUAAAAUGGGAAAGUAAACCCCCAACUUCAUUUUUCCCACUUGCUUUUGUUUUGAAAAUGUAGGUAGGGGUGGAAUCAUGCUCUUAAAACUUACUUUAUUUUCCAUUUAUUUCACUGACGUAUGUCAUGAAUGGUCAUUUUUUUACAUCAAUCGCAUGAUUAUCAUUUACAGUGAAUAAAUGAUAGUCCACUCUGCUGUACAUUUCAUUAUUUUCCUAGUUUGCUAUGAUAGAGCCUUGGUUCUGUAUUUUUCAGAUUCAUUGGCAUCUUAAAUGAGGGUGAGGGUCUGGCGGGCACUGCAGGGUGUAGUGCUAGGAUGACAGCCUCUGGCCAUCAGAACAAAAGGAGCUGAUAGCAGGACCACUGAGGGAUCUUCCUAUUGACGAAUAAACAGCCAAAAAAGGAAGCUUGUAGUUUUACCUGGAGUUUCUCUGGAGGGAAAAGUUUUCUAUUUAUUUACUUGUUAAACUUUUUUUGCACAUUCAUGGUGAGGGUCUUUUUUGCCAGUUCAGGUGAGCACGAAGGAAUGCGUCUUGGCAAAACCAGGCCAUGCUUUGACUUGCAGAAGCUUCUGUUUCUCAUGCAGUUUACCAAGUCCACACUUUCGAGAAGUUUGAGAACUUGUGAGGGUGCCAGGUGUUAGAUCAGGGACCUGGGUGCAAGAUUGGCGAGGUGCCCUGUGAUGGAAAGAGCAUCACGAGGUGACGCCACGACCUCUGCCCUCUUGUUCCACAGGCAUUUGUUCCCCUUCACUAUUGACAUCAAGUUGGUCCUUGUGCACAGUGAUGUCUUCUCAGCCUAAAUUUAGGGUCAGAAGAGAACUGCUUAAACUUUCAGUCCGUCCCGUUAGAGAAAGAGGGGAGGUAGCUGGUGCUUUUAUAGAGAAUCCUCACUAGUCGCCUAACAUGUACUCACGUGGGUUUGGGCCAGGAACUGCAUUUUAUUGUGGGUUUCACCAUGCUCAUUGGACUGUCUUUACAUAAUUUUAUUUUAAAUAUUGCACAUCAGACAUGGGAACAUACAAUCAUGCUUGUCUCAGGAUAUACCUGGGGUGAUGGGAGAGAAGCUAGAAUUAAAUGGGGUGUAGAUGCUAGAAUUAAAGGGGUUGGAGCCACGUGGACGGGGAAGCAAGGUUAUGGAGGAAGGAUUUUUAUAAACAAUCUGGUAUCAGACUGUUAAGGUGAGAUGACUUGGCCAGAGCACAAAGCACUUGUAAGGAGAGCAAGACAGUAGCUGCAGGAUGAGAGCUAAAGGCUUCAUUGGGACCCGGGCAGCUGCAGGGUGAAGAGUCGAUGGAGGGGGGGGUGAAGAGAUGAGGGGGAGGCAGCAGGGACCAGGCACAGUGGCAGGAAGGGCUGUGGGGAAGAUGUACACUCAGGCCCACACACCGUAUUGAAGGUGAGCAGGAGUUGGGGUUUGCUGGGAGCCUGGGGCUGUGGGGUGUUUGAGGGGUGCCUUUUCCAGUGAUUUCCGGGCCGAAUGGAUGGCGGCAGCUCGACCCCGCUUUCCUCUGCAGGCGCCCCCUCUGCCGGAGCUCCUGCCAGCUUGCUUGUGCGUAGCAGAGCCUGCGUCACCCCUUUGUCUGUAGCCUCCCCUUAGGUCUCGGAUCCCACACUUUCCUGUGCACGUGGACGUGGAGGCACCGCAGCCAUGACGGUGGGCAAGAGCAGCAAGAUGCUGCAGCACAUCGACUACCGCAUGCGCUGCAUCCUGCAGGACGGCCGCAUCUUCAUCGGCACCUUCAAGGCCUUCGACAAGCACAUGAACCUGAUCCUCUGCGACUGCGACGAGUUCCGCAAGAUCAAGCCAAAGAACGCCAAGCAGCCCGAGCGAGAAGAGAAGCGGGUGCUGGGCCUCGUGCUGCUGCGCGGGGAGAACCUGGUGUCCAUGACUGUGGAGGGGCCUCCCCCCAAAGACACUGGCAUCGCUCGCGUCCCCCUGGCCGGGGCUGCAGGAGGCCCUGGGGUUGGCAGGGCGGCUGGCAGAGGCGUCCCAGCUGGCGUUCCUAUUCCACAGGCUCCUGCGGGACUAGCAGGCCCUGUCCGAGGGGUAGGGGGACCCUCCCAGCAGGUGAUGACUCCACAGGGACGAGGCACCGUUGCGGCUGCCGCGGUGGCGGCCACGGCCAGCAUUGCUGGAGCCCCGACUCAGUACCCCCCAGGGCGGGGGACACCCCCCACCCCUGUGGGCCGGGCCACCCCCCCUCCAGGCAUUAUGGCUCCUCCUCCGGGUAUGAGACCACCCAUGGGCCCACCCAUUGGGCUUCCCCCUACUCGAGGGACCCCGAUCGGCAUGCCGCCUCCAGGAAUGAGGCCCCCGCCCCCCGGGAUCAGAGGUGAGUUGGCUCCCAGGCCCCUGGAUUCCAGGUGCGCCCCUGAUGAUUGUCUCAUGCGGUCUUGUUUAUCUUCCAGGUCCACCGCCCCCAGGAAUGCGCCCACCAAGACCCUAGGCUACUGUUGUCCUUAGUCUCUCUCUCUGCACUGUGUCUCGUGAAACUGUAGCGUGUUUGUGAGCUGUCCUGCCGCACUGAUAGUCGCUAAUAAACGAUAGAGCAACACACUGAGGGCUGUGUGCAUUCUCUUCUGUGGUUUGUUGAGGUCAGAGUGAAAAGGGCCUUGCUCUCAGGACAUGGUGUUGCGUUCCAACCUUCGCACUGUGCCGUGGCGAUUGUAACAGCCUCCACAUGCAUGCGUUUACGUGGUGAGCUGAGAGGCACACGGUCUCUGUACCUGUUGGGCCCUACAUACCUGCAGGGCUGGGGUGGGCUGAGGGCUUGUGAGGCCAUGGAGAGAGGAAGCUGACGGGGAUCAUCACGCCUGUGGAACAGGAAGCCCGCCCUGGUCUGCUUAUCCAGGGCUCUGCCCGUGACCAGUGGCCAUGACCUGGGAGUGACCACCACUUCCUGCCCACAGCACAGGCUUGUUGGCCUCCGUCACCUUUCACACAAGACAAAGGGGAGCUUCAGGGCCUGCGGAUGGACUGCCAGUGACACCUGGACAGGAGGGAUGCGACCCGUGUCCUGCUGAGCCAGCUCUGCCACACCUGCCCUUCGGACAGACCCGCCCCCUCCAGGUAAAGUAACCGCGCACAGAAACGCCCGCGUGCAUUACAAAGGCCGUGGCUAGGUUCAUGAUGACACAGGACCUUGUCUGAACUUCAUGAUCUCAAAACAUGAGCUUGGAUAUGUCACUGAAAUCUAGUCAUGCGCCUCACACACCACCACACCUGGUCAACAGGAAGUGUUAGCUUGACAUGACAACUGAGCAUACUUUCCAUGGCAGUUAACACACGUUCAUUCCUCAAACGUCUUUGUGUACAACCUUCACACACAUUUCAAGCGCAUCCUUUUCUCUUCUGUACAUAUUUGUGCUGUUGGAGGCAACAAAGGAGGCCCACCCACGGACCCCGACAGGCACACGUGCGGAGGGAGCGGAUGCCAGGCAUGGAGACUGCCCACCCGCCUGGGAUGGAACAUCGACACCCGCGUUCUCGGGAUCUAGUGGUGGCUAGGGGAAGGCCUCACGUUGAGCAACAUGCCGGCUGUGUGGAACAUGCCUUCCCAAGGACACAGCUCCAGUUUGAGGACAAUUGAUCUUGUCUGUAACCUAGGUCAGCGAUUUUCAACCCAUGUGCCCCGAAAUUUUUAAAGCAUGUAACUCACCCUCCCUUAAACCAUCAAAAAGAAAAUUAUAAGAGUCCACGCAACAAUGGCUGUUCAGUAUGAAUUAAUCAAAAUUAUACUUAUCUUUAGGUCAAAUUGGCAAAAAUUGUAUAUUUUGGUGGCCCACUGAAUUUUACUAAUUGGCUUACGUGCUAUGAGAUUAAGAAAGGUUGAAAAUCACUGCCCUAGGUUUAAGGUCUUACACAGUAAAUGUUCAAGAAAUGUGUGGCAUUAACUAGUUCUCUAAUGUUAACGGUACAGCCCUUACAAACCGUCAGUGACUCCCCUACAGUGGAAACGUGUGAUGACAAUCCAGGCCUGUCCCACCCAACUCCAUUCUCGAUCUCUAAAGGAGCCCCUGCUCCCAGACAGGGCCGAGCUGUGGUGCCUGCAGGGACGGACACUUGUAGCCAUUGUAGCCCGGAAGUCCUGCUUGAGGUCACAGGGCAGUGAGAGGACGUGGCUUGCUUAGGGAGACGUGUUUGACAUCAGUCCCAGGACACUGAUUCUGGAGUGAGUGUGGGUGAAUGAAUGCCUUCAGGAAGUCAGGCUCUGACAACAGGCACUGGGCAGUCAGGAGGGACAUCAGGUGUGGCUGCCAUUUAAUUCUCAAGUUGUAGUGGAAGAAGCCUUACGUGACUUCAGUCUUCAGCUGAAGGACAUAGCUGUGCCCCAUGGCUCCCUGCCUUCAGCAGCGUCUUUGUCAUUCAGCAUCUUAGUGAGCUUCCCUACCUGACUUUGGCAUCUUUGUCAUUAUGUAGCAUCUGUAUCUUAUUGCAGCUUCUUAACCUUUAUGUAGCAUCUCAAUCUGAUUGCAGCAUCUUUGUAGCAUUUUAUCUUGUUGCAGCAUCUUUGUAGCAUUUUAUCUUGUUGCAGCAUCUUUGUCAUUAUGUAGCAUCUUUAUCUCAUUGCAGCUUAUUAGUCUUUAUGUAGCAUCUCGAUCUGAUUGCAGCAUAUUUGUCUUUAUGUAGCAUCUUUACCUUCUUGCAGCUUCUUUGGUUAUAGCUUCUUUAUCUUAAUCUUUCUGCAGCAUCCUUGUUACUUAGCAGCAAGAAUAAAGGUAAAAUACAGGGCUCCCAAUAGGAGUAAUUUGGUGACAUCAGGAAAACAGCUUGUGCUCUGGCCUCAUGGUGACAUGUGGGUGGCGUUCCCAUAGCAUUGGAUUUCCUGUGUCAGGGUGAGCGCUUCUCCGAGACCCUCCGAGUCCGCAUGCAGCAUCUAUAUCUGUUCGAUCUGACUGACUUUCUUGACCAUUCUCAUUGACCUUUCCACCUUGAUUUUUUUAUACUUUGGAAUACUUCAGAUUUUCUCCCUGUAGCCUGGGUUCCUAAAUUGGAUUACAACAUGUUAAUGGAGGAGAGGAAGUUGUCAGUUCUUCCUCGUUACAUCUGUCUGGUGAUAUUUGGUGUUCCACUUUUCAAUUUUUUGGACAGUUGGCUUGGGGAAGUGGAUUCUAAGGUAUUUUCUUGUAAGACACCAAAGGUCUCAACUUGAUUCCAACAGAUUUCUGGGUGUUUCAUGGUCUUUGAUCCCCAUGUGUCACUUGAAUGAAAUUGCUGUCAAAGAUGGCUGAUGAGUCACUCACUCUUGUAGGCCAGGGCCUUCCUGGUGGUAGAAAUGUACAGUCCACAGGCAUAACCUUCAACCAGGUGCACUUGCUGUUGGUAAGACGUGGGCUUGACUCAUGAUGAGCUAUGUUGUCUGAAGUGAAUGACGUGAAGGUCACCCGAAUGAAUACUCUGAAGUCCAGCCAAAGUGUCCAUCCACGCACGUGGGCCGCACAUUUCUUUAACAUCCGUUUGUAGGCUGUACAUUUCACCAGGCUUCCCAUCAACAUGGCAGGCGAGUCAGAGAGAGGAGGGCGCUGUGGGCUCUCAUCCCCACCCACCACAUCUGCCGUCUCACUUUGGAAUUUCCCAUCAUGCAUUUCAAGUGACACCCUCAUGACAGCCUCACUGGUUCCUACCUUGGACCAGAGCUUCCUGAGCCCGUGGCCCCAGCCCCUUGGAGCAGCUCCAGUUAACAACACAGGAGCCAGAAAGUGCCAGUUGGUUGACACCUUGCUUUUGUCUGAGAUGAGUUUACUUUUUCCACCUACACUCAGAGGGAGCCCUUUCAUUCUUUUCUUAGUAAGUCACCACCUUUUGCAUCUUGGCAAGAUGUAGAUGGAGAUUCAAUGUUUGGCUCAGAUUCAAGGGGGGGUAAUAGGCGUUAGCAGUGGGUGAAUCUGAGCCCAGGAGAGGAACGGUUUUGCCAAAAUGCCAUGCAUUCUUUGAAUGGGGUCUUCACGUCAUUCUUUAACAUCUGUAACAUCUGUAACAUCUGUCUUGUGUGAGUAAUGGAUCUUAUGACCUGAGAUUGACAUUCUAUGACUAAGUGCUUGUGCGUUGCUUGUAGUAGCUCUUGUGAGGGGUGAAUAGUAAUUAAACAGGUAUUUAGGAAAACCUGUAUAAAAAAGUUACCAUGGACAGUUGAAUGUAUUAAGACCUUAUCCUUAAAUAGUCACCUUAAUUUGUUAAUGCAUGUGUGUGAGUGUGUGUAAAUAGUGUGGGUGUGGAUAGUGUGGCGAGUGAACAGCUUUUAGUGGAAAGCUGUUGGGGUUCCAAUUAAUUACAUUCUUUGUAAAGUAAGUUAGACAAGUAUUUUCACAGUUCUUUACCUUGUUUAGUUCCAGUUGUCCUACCAGAUUUUUUUUUUAUAUUUACUACCUCAGAGACUUGCUUGGUUUCUCUUAGAGAAUUGAGAGAAGUAAGAUGCCCUUUCUACUAACUGAAUUACAGUAGGAACAUCAGUUGAGUGAGGAAGGAAAGGAGGGAGUUAGCGGUCUUUUGACCUUGGACGUUGGGUGCCAGCUAGGGUGGUCCUGACUGCUGAGAGGACACUGGUCAUGCUGGCUGAGAACCAUCCAGAACAUCCAUCCGUUCUUGAGGGUCACGUGGCCUAGAGAGAAUCCCUACACAGCAUUGGAAAGGCUGAGAUGGAGAGGGAAUGAGUGGUGGGGAGGGGAGCGCAGGGAGGAAGGAAAAAGGAGGGUUUAAAGGGAAUCUAUCAGGUGUGAAGGGAGACUUCCUUUGUGAGUCUUUGAACAUCAGAAGGCUGUGUGGGGAGGUUAGGAGUUGGAGGUACCACUGACCUGCCACUGUUUGAUUCAGUGCCUCGUUCUCAGCCAGCCUGGAUGGGGGAGCUCCCAGGUCCUUUCCUGAGGUGACUGUGUAGCUGGGUUAGUAGAAGGUGAAGGGGUUUGCAUCUGUAGCCAGCUGAGAUGAGACCAGGCUUGUCUCCAACCUUAGUGCACAUGAGAAUCAGUCUGCGGGCUUGUACAGUUUGUCCGUGGCUGAUUCAGUAGGUAUAGGGCGGAGAAGGUGACAUGCCCUGUUCAGGCACCACACAGAGAACAAAUAGCUGGGUUUGAUUCAGAAUUCAAUAGGCAUUAUCUGACAGCACUGUUGUACAACUGCUAAUCUAUAUGGGAUUCAUUGUGGAAUAUUUAAAAUUGACUAUGGGCAUUUAAUUUUGAAAGAAAUUGGUUGCUUUUUUUCUUGAAAUAGAACCAAUUAGGAACCAAAUUUAUAAUUGGCCGGACACUCUGAAAAUUUGAGAAUGGGAAUCCUUUUAUCGGAACAAAUUGCUAAAAUAAAUUUAAAUUAGGUACCUGAUUGGAGGAAGCAAAUUAAUUAAUUUUGAUAAUGUCUCUAAUAAUGAAUCAACUACCCAAAUAUUGACCUCAAUUGGAUGAAACUGAACAGUAAAGUUUCCAGAAAACAGUAGUAUUCUCAAUAGCAUGUUUAUCUCAUAGACAUGGUAAUUUUUGCCAGAUGCUUCCACUUUGGGGGAGUGUUUUAUCCAGUUUGUGUUCUGUGUUGGUUACUGAACUGUGCACAACUUUAUUACUUUGCAUAUGGUUGUUGUAUUGUAAGCAUCACUCCUGCAUCAUUUAAAAUGGCCAUAAACUGGCAAUACCAAUGAGGUAAUGGGUGAUGCUAUUUUCUAGUGGCAAAUUUCAAUGUGUAUUUAAUAGCUUGGCUGUAAAUAUCCUGGUGGCAAUAUUUGGUAUUGAUAUUGGACUUUUGUAAAUAUGCUUCUAAAUGGGAAUAGUGUUACAAUGGACUGUUCACUGUUGGUGGCAAACUUUGACAUGUUGCCACUUUAGUCGGGUUUCUCUGUACUGGGAGGUGCUGAGGAGUAUGGAUGUAGAGAGAGACUGGGCAGUGACUGAAGAAGGAACCCAGACUAGAAACAAAGAGACCUCUUCUGUGGCUUGGACCGAAUACAAAAUGAGCAAUCCUGUUGUUUUAGAAAAGUGUGACUUAGGAAGGGACUCCGAUGGAAGCAGGGAGCCCUCUCUUCUGUGGUGGGACUCAAAAAUGAGCAAUCAUGGAGGAUUUUUUAAAAAAUUGUGACAUGAAGGACCUCAACCUUGAAACAAGGAGACCUCUCUUCUGUGGUUUGGACUCAGUAAAAUGAGCAAUCAUGGAAGACUUAAAAAUGUGACCUAUAAAGGAAAGGGACCUAAAUGUGAAACGAAAAGACCUCUUUUCUGUGGUUUGGACUCAAAUGAGCAAUCAUGGAAGACUUAAAAAAUUGUGACUUGUAAAAGGACCUAAAUUUGAAACAAGGAGACCUCUUUUCUGUGGCUUGGACUGAAGAUAGGGAGAGAUCCCACAGGAUUUUUAAAAAACAUGAUUUCUAUGAGGAUAAGUUAUGGCAUUGAUACGGAUUUUCUUAUUUUUGUAGGAUGGCAAAGAAUGUGUCAUAUUUUUCUAAUUAUCUUUUGCUUAAUGUGUAACUCUCUGGUGAGCAUGACUGAAUGGACCGGGUGUUUCUCAAACUAGUCAGCUAAGGUCCUAGUGAGGCCAAAGGAAUGUUUAAAUUUUCCCAUCCCCCCAAAAUCCGAAUCACAAUGAGGAAACUGAAAAUUAAACACAACUCACUGAGCAAUAUUUUUGUCUUAGAUGGCAACCUGAUAAAGUAUGGUAAUAUGUUUACAAGAAAGAAAGGAUUGACUUUUCUAAUUGUUUUAUGGAGAGAAAAAUAUUAAUUCAUUGGCCUUAAAGUCAUUACUCUUCUUGCUCCAAGACCUCGUGUAAUUAAUUGGCAUUUAGUAUGGAUCUGGAGGAUAGAUUGUAUGUCAUAUUGGGUAUGUUGUCAGUUAUUGGGUAAAAUAUAUUGAUAAAGAAACAAAAGAUAACUAAGUUUUAGGCAAAAUUUAGCUUCCACUUUAAAUCUAAACUCUUCAAUGCAGUCCGGACACAACAGCAUUUGAUUGUGCCUCUGCUGGGUGCAGAGAAUUGGGUGACACCAUCUUAAAUUCAACUUGCCUGUCCAUCAGCCAGAGGGAUACUCACAUUUCAAUUCAGGCUUCUGUGGAAAGGAAAAGGGUUUUUUGUAAGGUCAUCCGUCUGUUUCAGUCUAGCUCACUAGAGAAUAAAACUUACCUGUUUAAAAAAAAAAGCAGGUGAACAUUUGAACGAAUCUCUUGUGCAACCUCUUAGAGAUCAAGAGUUCAUUGUUAUUGAGAGUAUACAACUGUUUACUUAUUAGUGGUAACCAUGGACGUAGCCACAUAAAAUUUUGUAAAUACAUAUAUCCUUGUGUAGCUUUUGUAAUGUAUAUAGAUAGCAUCUUCUACAACUUGCUGUUAAAGAGAACACGUGGAACAGUUGUUUUUAAAAUGACAAGACCAUGUCUGGAUCACUCCAAGAAGAUUCUGGCCAGUGACCAUGUGAAGACACUCCAUGCCAUCGUAAACAUCACUUCAGAUCCACUGCAUGAUACCUUUGCCUGAAUUUUAGAGAAUUCUAGAAAGCUGCUGCCAACGAGGGGGUGACCAAGGGGCAGGCAUUGGACUCAGUUGGAGCCUGAGAACAAUGGACAAGGGUUUCUUGCCAAAAGUAAGAACCUGCGUAGCCAGGUGAUUGCUGUUCAGGCUCCGUAGAUGGCUGCUCCGCACCUACCUUUCCAGUUGGCAGUUUGACCUCUUUUAACUUUUUUAAACUUCCAGCCGUCGCCUUACUUCUGUCUUCAGAUUCUCUCUGACAUGACGAACCACAUCAUGUUCCAACAGUAUUAUAAAUAAGCAAUAAUCAGAAGAGGGGAAAGAUUCCAUAGACUGGUAUUUCCAGCAUCCUUUGCCACUCUGAAAACCGGUCAUCUUCCACUUGCCAUCUCUGAAGAUUUGGAUUCUCAAAAUCUGGGAUGUUCGUUCACUCAAACCCUCUGGUCCCCCUAAUAAUCUCCAGAAGUUUGUACAGCAAGAAACAAUGUUACUGAAAGCCAGGAUGAUGUACAAUGGAUGAGCCAGAGAUCCCAGCCUGAGGAACUGCCCUGCCUGAGCUAUGGACUCCUGUGGGCAUCUCACCCUCAUGCAAACUGAAGGGGUCUUUGGCCAGAUCAAGAGCCAUUCUCCCAACCUAAUACGCAUUGAUGCCUGGGCCAAAAGCAUAUAGGGACAGCAUCCUCAUCCCGUAUUCCUCCCCACAAAGGUGUGUGAAGGACAACAUCACGUAGACACAGCCAAACCCGCAGGAAUCUGGAGAGGAAGGACACACAGCACAUUCUAAUUGAGCUAGAAGCUUUACCAGCCACAAAGACAAGAAACACAGAUUGAUACUGUUUUGACCGUCGGUCUUACAUUUCAUUGGAGAAAAUAUUUUGUGAUGGGGAGUCUCAACUCCCCUUCAGAAGGUCUACCAUUGAAAGCUGUGUAUCUGAGACACUUGUAUAGAUGCCUGAUGCACAGGUCUCCAGUUUUCUCCAAUUCACAUUUUAAAAACAACUCAGAAUCUAACCAUGCUAAGUACUUUAUUGCCCACAUAAAGCUGAACAAUUGAUGGACAUUGGUAUGGACAAUGUUGUUAAAAUGUAAAUAGGAAAUACUCAGUGACUGAUGAAUGUUAAUGAACUGUUGUUGAUGUGAGGAGACCAAGAGAAUGAAAUUCAACAUAUAAUGGUUUCAUUUUCUUGUAUUUUAUUCUUUGUUUACGUUAACUUCCUUGGAAUAUAAACUCAAGCACAGAGGCCUCCAUUUGUAAACAAAUCUGUUAUUUUUGGAUAUUUUUGUAACGGUUGCUGUGAUAUUCAAGCUGGUUUCCUAGGGAAGUUUCUAAUAACACAUUUAGUAAAAUUUUCUGUAUAUAGAGUUUUUUAAAGCUAUACACAAUGCUGGACUCAUUGUUGUGUGCUCAGGGAUAGCAGGAAAGGAAGUAGCAAGGCAUUAGAUAUCCAUGUGUAUAAAAAAGCCAAAUAUAGUUGCUUUGCGCCAUUUCCUCAUGUAUUGUAAUUAUUAUAACAAGGAGUUUGGUUACGUGUAUAGAAGUAUUUUAAUACAUGAUGAUGAAAAUAGAACUGUCAGAAUACCUCUGAAAGAUGUACAUAUUCAACCAUUAGAAUGGACGAUUGCUGUGGGACCGGGAGAGGGAGGUUUUGAACACAGCUAUCACAGACAUGAAAGGCUGCUCUGUGGGUGUAGAUAAUCCUGUAAAUGCUCUUUAUUUUGAAAUGUAUAUGUUGGUCUUUGCUUAUUACCAAGUGUUAUUGCUGUUUAUAUAUAUAUAUGUAUAUUAGGACUGUUGCGCCAUGUUACCAAAGCCAUCUCACAGGGAUGGCUUACCUCCAUGCUCACACGUCUACCUUUAGUUUGUAAAUUUUUUGUUUUGCCAGUUGCAUUAUUAUAUGGCCUCAUUAUUAAUUUAUUUAUGAUAACAUUUUGUUAUAAACAAUGUUAUUAAUGCCUAACAUGCAAUUUUCAACAUGUAUAUACGUCAUUGUAAAUUUGUUAUAAAUAUGAUCAACUUAAUGGGAUAGAAGCAUUUUUGUUUACCAAAGAGAUGUUAGAUGUAGCCUCUCUGUGUUCCCUGCAUCAUUAGGCUCCAUUUCCAUGUUGUCCUCAGUGGUGAGCAUAGUGUAAUGCUCUCUGUUUGACAUCAUCAUGCUGGAAAUUUCAUUGCAACUGUAGGUCUGCUUUCAUUGAUGGUUUUCAGAUAUAUUUGUAUACAAAUAGGACAGGGGUUUUUUUGCAUAACUUGGAGAAAUCUCUACAUGUGGUAUAAAACAGCAUAGGUUAAAAAAGUUCAUUUGCCAGUGGAAAUUGACAUAGUAGUGAAUUGUUUAGAACUUAUUUCUAGUUGUAUAGGUGAUUUAUGUUUGAUGUGGGACGUUAGCAAUGGAAUAUAUUAAACCCAAGUUCAUUAUAUGUGGGCUGACAAAAGAAUGUGUUUGUAUUAUAUGUAUAUAGUAUACAGUUACACGUUUUUUAAAGCAAUAGGAACUUUUAUAUUUGCAUGUCUUGUUUUUAGAUUAUUGUAUAUAUCUUUUUGCUUUAAACUUUUAGUUCUUUAAAUAUAAUGAUUGUUUACAUAUUCAUAUGUGUGUAUACAUAUACACAUAUAUACAUGUACAUAUGUGUAUAUUAGUGUACAGAACUUUUUUAAAGUCAUAGGACAAACAAUGGAAGAUACUGUGACGCUGCUAGCUAUAUGGUGGACAAGUGUUUUGUUUUAUAACAUCUGCAUUGAUAGACACACGUGACUUCUGUUUUGGCAAUUAAAUUGCUAUACUAUGUCUAGUCGACAUGUAUUGUUGGGGGGGGUUAUUGCCUUUGUGUUGUAUUUUUUUAAGUAGAUAUUCUUUGUUAAGGUGUAGAAAUCAUUGUAAUUAAUGUGUAAAUGUGUAAUUUUUUUUACCAAUCUAGUUUUUAAAUGUUAAGUUCUGGAGCCGAGCAGGGAGGUAUCUGACUGCUGUAUGUAUAAUAGACAAGUUUCUUACAUCUUCACUCUUAGGUUUGUAGAAAUACCCUGUUUCCACGCGCCCCCGGGCACGCACACACACGCACACACACAGUACAUAAUGUUAAUGUUGAACUAGGGUUAAAAAAUGUUUGUUACCAAUAGAAGUGUUAUUUCACCCCCUAGUGUUUGAUAUCACUUGGGGUGAAUGGGGGUGAUUAAUCUGACCAGAUCUUUGUUUUUCUACCAUAUACUCUUGUACAUGUGCCGAGAUUUCUGUCAUUUAAAAAUUUUUAUAUCUAUUUCACCUGAAAUUAUAGCACAUACGCUUUUUUUUGCUUGUUGAAAUGGAUCACCAGUCCUGCCAAUUUUAAUCUUCAUACUGUGUGUAUUUAUCUUUAAAACGCCUGUUCAUUGCUGAUGUACUUUCUAAUAUCACAACCUAUUAGUAUAAUUAGACUUCUUUCUCCGAAUGUUGAACAGGGGUAGUGGAUGUUUCUGACCUCAUCUCUAAUGCUCUCUUCAUGUCUUUCUGGUUUAUGUCUAUGACAUGGACUCUGUCUAUUGCAUCGCAUGUGGACCACCCACAGUCAAAUCCUCUCCCAUCACCAUCGAUUUGGCCCCCAUUUUCCUCGACUACCUCUCCACCCCCUUCCCAACAACAUGGAUGGACCUUGAGAAUAGGAUGCUAAGUGAAAUAAGUGGAAAGUAUUUUUACCUCAUAUUUUUAUUUAGAUGUAAAAGUAGAUAGUAACCAUGAAAUUGAUUGUCAUUUUAUAGAAAAAUACCUCAAUUUAAGGGCCAUGUUGUUAUAUAUUAUUUUCCCAGAUGUACUGAGGUUCAGGAUGGAAUUCUUUUUUCUAAAGAAUAUUUACAGAAUCUCUAACUAUAUAAUCCUGUAAAUAUUUUAUUGUAUAUUUGUUCCUACCAUUGUCUUUCAAUAAUAACACGGCAAUAAAAUUAAAUGUACAAGAUAAUUCAUUUCCCCCAACAUGGAAGAAUAUGCUGGCCAUCCUAACAAGUAUAAAUUUAAAACUUAAGAUACAGUGUGAAUUUGGUGUUUCUUGGAUGUGCCAAGUUUCCCAAUAUGUUUCUAUUAUUUUUUUAUUAAGAUUUUUUUGGAAAGCGGUUUAAAAUUCAUAGCAAAUUGAGGGGAAGGUACAAAGAUUUCCCAUAUACCUCAGUCCCCACACACAUGCAAUAAUCAACCCAACACAUAGGGUAAUCUCAUGCCUUUUACAUCCAUAAGGUGACUUCGACAUUAACAUAUAUCCAUUUUGAUAUUUGGGUUAUUUUUCUUACCCUAAAUCCUCUGUACUCUGCCUACUCAUCCUUCUGUGUUUUUUUCUUUCUCUCUUUAACAUUGAAGGUAUUAGUUGCUUCGUUGAACAGAUUUUAUACUACCUCUUGGAACUAUACAUAGUUGUGUAUGUGUUCCCUUGGUCGCAUGACAGUAUUCAAGACAACUUUGUAAAUAACAGGCAGAUACACUUUUUAAUUUCUAACAUCUAGUCUUUCCAGAUGUAUAUAUUCUCUCAACGUAUACUCUUGUAAAUAAUUCAUUGUACAAUUCCAUGUUUUUAUAUUGGGCUGAGUGGUGGUGGCUAAGGCUAUAUGUAUAUAUCCUUGCUCUGUGGAUUUGCUAGGGGGCGGGUAGAAGGGAGUGGUCCUACACUUUUUGAAAUAAGGCAUUGUUUAGUGUUCUACAUCAAAGACCUCAGUCCUCACUUUGUGGUUGUGUAGCUGAUAGGGCAUUAUGUAUUUUAAUCAUGGGAAAUGUAUUUUAUAGGACUUACACAGCCACAGUCAGGACAAUUUUGUAAAUAGCAGGCAUAUAUAUAUAUAAAUACACAUCAUUUUAAACAUCUAGUUUUUCUAGAUGCACAGGGAGAUUCGCAAAAUUUUGUAAAUAUUUCAUUGCAUACUAGCAUAAGUUGGCUUCUGGUAUGUUUUGGCAAUGUAAUAGGUGGUUAGUGAAUAUCUGCUUCCUAGGCUGUGCUAGCGUUCUGGUGUUCAGUGAGUUCCUGGGAGAGGAAUCCCAAGAUGGCCUACAUAUCUUCAUCUUCUUAGGCUCUCAUGUAGGCGGAAAGGCUACACCGGGGAUGGGUAACAGCAGUGACAACCAGACUUGUAUUGUGAAGCUUCAGGGAGAAAGAUAGGUGACAAGAACUGUCCCUCUGUCACAUGCAGAUAUUCUCAGUGAUGUGAUCAAACAUGGCAGCAGCGCACAUUGCUAAAGGAAUUGCUAUGUUGCUCGGCUAGAUAAAUAUUAACACAUAUGUAACAUUAGUUUUAGGGGUAUAGGUCUGAAAAUGCUUUUUUUCUCAUUUAUUAGCUUCUUGAUUUUCAUUUUGCUAUGAAAGUUAUUGUAUUCUUACACUUAUAAAAGCCAGCCUCAUGUUACAUGUAAAUGUGUUAAUUUUGUAUGAGAUAAUUAAGCAACUCUAUCAAUGUUUUCAUCUAUAUGCAUCUGUAUGAGAGAAUUACACUAGUUAUGAAUAUUUUAAUUCUCUGAGACCUCUUUAAAAUUUUUUCUGGUGAAUUGUUAUAUUUGAAUGUCAUGAUUAAUAUUGAAAGUGUAUUGUAUCUCAGUUGCCUGUAAUGUACAUUAUGAAAGUUUCUUAGAAAGGUGGUCCAAUCCAGUAUUGAUUAAAGUAUAAAUCAUCUCUGAACAGCAGUUUGGCAAUGACAAUCAGAAUUGAACACUUAAAAGUGACUGCUGUGAUUUUAUUCUAAAUCAAAUUGACAAAGCUGAAGGUACAUUAUAAAUUGAAAGAAACAUUGAACAACUGAAAUACACAUUAGUGAAAAAUAUUGUAAUGAUUAUAGCUUACUUAAAGAAUAUAAUCUAACCACUGAUAAAACAUUCUUAUGUGGAUGUGAGUUUUAAAUUGAUACUUAAAAUUGUCAUUUUUGAACAAAGAUCAACAAGUGUAUAUUGACAAGAGGUGUGUCCAUGUGCCUCUAGUUCAUAUACCAGAAAAGCUAAGGGCAAUGAUUCACCAUCAGUGUCACUGUCCCGGUGAUGGCUUCGACACACUUUGGAAUUUUUGUGCAUGUGCUCGUUAAACAAUAAGGCAUUGCUCAUCCAUGUGUUUGUAUGUUGCUACAUGACAAUCUAAAGUGACUGAGUAUGGAAGAGAAAGUUGUCUGGACGACUAUGGCAAAAUCUCAGUGUGCAGACAUGUGAAUGGAAGGACUGCUUCUACUUUGUGCAUUCACAUUUUUAAAAGGUAUUUCAAAAGGAACAUUUCAACAACAGGAAUUUUAAAGGCACAGCUAAUUUGUGCCUGUCGUCCAUCUUGCCUAUCAACAUCUUGGGCAUGUGUGGCGGUGGGUCCGGCCUUGUAUUGCCAUUGGGCCUGCUUAAUGCUUUUAAGAGAUCAAGACAGCAUGUGACUUAAAGACUAAAGCAGCACAGAGCUGUACCAUGUGAGGAGGAGGAAGGAGGAGAAUCGAUUACCCAAGGAGAGAAGAAGGGAGACGACGAGACUGCAGGAGUGAAAAGGAGGAAAGGAAAGUGAAUUUGACAAGUGAGGACAACCAACAUCAGGAGCCUUUGUCUUUCAGUGGAGCUCCUUGUUCCCUGAGGCUCAGCUGAACCACAGGAGAUGAUGGUUCCCGAGGAUGACACCACCGCCUCGCGUCCUCACGCAGCGCCCCACUUCCAUCCCUGGCCCAGGAGCGUCCUGGAGACACGCGUGGGAUGCCGGAACAGACUUGCUUCUGCCACCAUCUGAAACACCCGCAGCCAGGCUUCAGAGCGGCCAUGGACACUCCCUGCCAGCUGACAGGACGAGCGCGCGUGUCCACGGUGACCCAGCGGGUGAUGGCGAGAACUGUAAGCAGCAUGUUGACUGUUGUCCUUGUUGCUGUGGGACUGGCACCAAGAGAUGGAAAGCUGGAGACCUUAAUCCCGAAGCCCUGGACGUGCCGUUGCGAGGCCUCCUCCAGGGCUCCCAUAUAUUUCUAUUUUACUUAUUAUCGUAGCGUAGAUUUAAAAUGUAUUCAUUAAAAAUAGUCUUUUUUUUUAGAUUUUAGGCAACAUAGAAAUUUGUUAAGUAUGUAGUUAUUACUUUAUGUACCUUUGUUUCCCCUUUAAUUUUACCCUUCCCCAUGUCAUCUAAUGUCUUUUUAUUUUUCAAUUAGAUUACAUUCAAUAUUACUUUGUAUUAGUUUCAGGUAUACUCAAAAGUAAAGUGUCCCCUCAAUGUUUCGGGUACCCACCAGGCCCCAUAUAUACGGAUCACAGUACAAACCGACUGUACUCCCUACGCUAUCAUCUACUAAUAGAGUUAGUGCGCACCCUCGUGGUGCUGCUCAGACAUUGUAGACAAGUAGUGCUUUAGGCGCUUACACUGGCCACGCAUCUUCUCUGCAUUAAACAUGCUUUUAUAUUACUCCUUUAGAAUUUAUUCAACUAACUUGUUGAAAAAAUUCCAAUGAAUUGGAAUUACUCUGGCUAAAAAUACUCAAUUUAUAUAUAGACUCAGAAGUUAGCUUUCCCCUCAUUCUAGGUCCUUCUCUUUAUUCUGCCUCCCCCUGUUUGAGACUUCAAACUGCACAACACUGUUCAAAGCUGUAGACUAUUAGGUGUCACUGUCUUUAUUCUGCUCACUGACCCUGCAGAGAAGUUAUUCUUAAUCACUGCUCAGCAAAAUCAUAUAUGCUCACUGCUUAAUCAUCACUUGUACUUUUUCAUUUCAUUUUUCCAGCUUCCUUGCAUUAUUAUAGUGUCACUGGAUUUUAAGAGCUUGUUUAUAACUAAAGAUGUUAACCAUUUCUCAUGCAUUGCAAAUGAUAUACCAUGUUUUUGUUACUAUUUUACUCUGCUGUUUUACUUUUUGGUUGUAUCAAACUUGUGCAUUAAAUAUAAUCAUAUUCUGUUUUA